AUGGCCAACCCCCCACAUGGCGGCGUCCUCAAGGACUUGAUUGCGCGCGACGCGCCCAGGAGGCAGGAGCUCUAUGCUGAGGCUGAGAAGUUGCCUGCGAUUGUUCUCUCCGACAGGCAGCUUUGCGAUCUGGAGCUCAUCUUGAACGGAGGAUUUUCGCCGUUGGAGGGUUUUAUGAACGAGAAGGAUUACACCGGCGUUGUUGCUGAAAACCGCCUCGCCGAUGGCAACCUCUUCUCGAUUCCCAUUACUCUCGACGUCUCGAAAGAGACCAUCGAUGAGGUGGGCGUAAAAGCCGGCGCGCGCAUUGCGCUGCGCGAUUCCCGCGACGACCGCAACCUCGCUAUCAUUACCGUCGACGACAUUUACAAGCCAGACAAGGUCAAGGAGGCCAACGAGGUCUUUGGCGACAACGACGAGGCGCACCCGGCAGUCAAGUACCUCCACCACACGGCGAAGGAAUUCUACGUUGGUGGCAAGGUCGAGGCGAUUGACCGCCUGGAGCACUACGACUAUGUCGGUCUGCGGUAUACGCCUGCGGAACUGCGUCUGCACUUCGACAAGCUGGGCUGGCAGAAGGUCGUCGCGUUCCAGACGAGGAACCCCAUGCACCGCGCUCAUCGUGAGCUGACUGUCCGCGCUGCCCGAGCCCGCCAGGCCAAUGUCCUCAUCCACCCCGUCGUCGGUCUCACCAAGCCUGGUGACAUUGACCACUUCACCCGUGUCCGUGUCUACCAAGCACUGAUGCCCCGCUACCCCAACGGCAUGGCUGUGCUUGCUCUGCUGCCUCUUGCUAUGCGUAUGGGCGGUCCCCGUGAGGCCAUCUGGCACGCUAUCAUCCGCAAGAACCAUGGUGCCACCCACUUCAUUGUUGGUCGUGACCACGCUGGUCCUGGAAAGAACUCCAAGGGCGUCGACUUCUACGGCCCCUAUGAUGCUCAGGAUGCGGUCGAGAAGUACAGGGACGAGCUUGGUAUUGAGGUUGUGCCUUUCCAGCAGAUGACCUACUUGCCCGACUCGGAUGAGUACAAGCCCAAGGACGAGGUUGCAAAGGACAUCAAGACCCUGGAUAUCUCAGGAACUGAACUCCGCAAGCGUCUCCGAACAGGCCAGGAGAUUCCAGAGUGGUUCUCCUACCCCGAAGUCGUCAAAGUUCUGCGCGAAUCGCAUCCUCCUCGCAACCAGCAAGGUUUCACCGUCUUCCUCACCGGCUACCAAAACUCCGGCAAAGAUGCCAUCGCCCGCGCUCUCAACGUCACACUGAACCAGCAAGGAGGCCGCUCCGUCUCCCUCCUCCUCGGCGAGACCGUCCGCUCAGAACUGUCUUCGGAGCUCGGCUUCUCGCGAGAAGACCGUGACAAGAACAUUGCGCGCAUUGCCUUCGUCGCCGCCGAGCUGACCAAGGCUGGUGCCGCCGCCAUUGUCGCACCCAUUGCACCUUUCCAGAAGUCGCGACAGCAGGCGAGAGAAACUGUUGAGAAAUACGGAUCUUUCUUCCUCGUACACGUCGCCACGCCGCUUGACCACGCGGAGAAGACGGACAGGCGCGGUGUCUACGCGAAAGCGCGCGCAGGCGAGAUCAAGGGCUUCACAGGUGUUGACGACCCGUACGAGGCGCCUGAAAACGCGGACCUUGUUGUCGACACUUCCAAGACUAAUGUCAGGACUGCCGUUCAUCAGAUCGUCUUGCUCUUGGAGAGCCAGGGUCUGUUGACGCAAUUGUAG